GUGCAGGAGUGGUAUUUUCUUCACUUUGAUGUUCAUUCAAGGCAUUAUCAAGAACUCUGAUCAGCCAAAUUUUCGUUCAUACCCCUGAAUUCUGCCUUUUGUGCUGUGCCCCUCGAUGACGGACAUGGAUGUUGCGGAUGCCAUCACUGACGACUCGUUGUGUCCAUCUUGUUUUCAUCUGGACACGGCAGCUGCUGUGGAGUAUGAUAGCCCUGAUAUCUUUGUGGAUCAGAGAAGUUUGGCCGUUGUCGCUUCGAGAUCUUUCGACCAUAUUCAGACAACUGCGGCAUCGGGGUGUCACCUGUGUGCCUUUCUCCUGAAGGUCGUCGACUUCUUUGGAUUUAAUCCCGAAGCAGACAGAGACCAUAGCAACAUAGUUUUGCGUCUCCCAAUCGGGUUUGGGAAUCCUGAAAUAUCAUUCCCCGUCUACGAUUCUAAGUUACACGCUCAAUUGUAUGGAUCUACACAGGAUAGACCAUGGGGCCGAAUCCAGCCCCUGCCUGACAUAUGUACGGAUCAACUCUCGGCCGACAGCUUGUGGUUCAUGAAGACUUGUCUCGAAACCUGCCAGAAGUCGCACCACCUCUGUCAACAAAAUGACGGAAUAUUUCCGACGAGGCUUCUCGAUGUAGGAACACGCGACGACAAACUUGUCCGACUUGUCGAAUCCACGAGCGAUUCUUCCAUGGACUACAUUGCACUUAGCUACUGCUGGGGCAACUCGGUUAGCAUCAAGACAACCUCUACGACCUUGGGCAAGAUGAAGUCUGGAGUUGAAAUGGCGGAGCUUCCACAGACGUACAUUGACGCCGUUUCACUAACUAGGGAACUCGGAAUCAGGUAUCUGUGGAUAGAUGCGCUUUGCAUUAUUCAAGAUUGUUUCCAAGACUGGGAAAAAGAGUCCACAAUCAUGGGCGGGAUCUAUUCAAAGGCCUUGCUCACAAUUGCUGCUACCUCGUCGUCCUCUGUUGGGGAGCCGUUCUUGCAGCGUGAUACUACAGGCGACUCGAGUACCGGCGAUAGUCAUCCUAGCAUCUUCAGCGACUGGAUAAAUGUCGGCGAAGACUCAUCCUUGAUUAAAGCACGACUUAUUUCGACAUCGGGGGUCCACUGGAGAUGGUAUGAGGAUAAGGAUCCCACAUCUACCGACGAGCCUUUGUCACGGCGAGGAUGGACCUUGCAGGAACGAUUGCUAUCUACCCGGCUACUUUCAAUCUCCAAAACUGAGAUACAAUGGAUCUGCCAGGAAUCUGUGACUUGCGAAUGUCAAUCCAACCUGAACUAUCGCCGCGACUUUGGCCUAACUCCGGUGCGCCAAAUCACACUAGCGCAAGACGCCUACGACUUCUGGCACAAAGUAGUCGAGAGCUACACUGCAAGGGACCUUACCAAGCCGAAGGACAAGCUUCCGGCAAUAUCUGCCAUUGCGGCUGCGGUACAGCAAAAGAUUGGCUCCGACUAUGCCGCGGGCUUAUGGACGGAUAACAUCCACUUAGACCUACUCUGGCGCAGCCGAGGUCCUAGAGAGCGACGACCACAGACCGAGUUUAUUGCGCCGUCCUUCUCGUGGGCAUCUAUCGACGGAGAAGUCGACUACUACUGCUUCAGAAAUGGAAAGAAGCCCUACCACAAGAUUUCAUCGGUUGUUUCCGUUGAGACAUCAGCCAACCCCGAGGCUCCGCUAGGACGUGUCAGAGGUGGUUCACUCACAAUUUCCGCACCCCUGGUACCUUGUUACGUGGAAGAGGCCUUUUCUGAUGGUUGGAUAGUAAUAAAAUUGGGCAGUGCAAUGUUAGAGAUGUUCGCGGACACGGCGCUUCAAGAAUUCGUUUUAACUACAGAAGAUGACACAGUCCAGAAGUAUGCCUGCAGAUGGAGUCCCUUGAACAAAGCUCCACAGCUAUGGGAGACAAAGCGAAGUAGUUCAGGACCUGCUGGCAUACCUCAGCCAGUCUCGAGUAUCGGACAUUGUGAUGAUCGAACACACUGCUGGGCAAUUCAUCUCGGAUCAUUCUCAUUACCAACGUGCCACGAGCUGCUUAUUGUGGGAAAGUCACAGACAAUCCCAGGAGCCUAUGAGAGGAUUGCGCUGGCAUCGUGGGAAGGAGGCCCUGACAUAGAAUUGUUCGAGCAGAAAAGCCCGAAUAUGAUAAAAAUAGUCUGAAAAUGCAGGCUGAUAGACGAAGUUACUUUUUCCAAGUGAAGCAGCCAGCCACUGGAUACUGGAACCUGAGAAUCCUCCCGCAGACAUAUUGAUACCUGAAAGGGUGACCCAGAAGCCAGUCGGAAGGCGAAAGCGGGUAGGUCUAUCAAGUCAUAACUAUCACAACGGGCACUAUAGUCGGUCAUAGCAGCUUAGAAUACCAAAGGCAUGCUAGUUUUCUGUACCGAUAACACCUUUGA